AGGUGAGCGGCCAGGUCUCCCAGGCUCCAAUCACUCCGGAGACUGAGCCAUGGGGGGAAAGCAGGAUGAGAAUGAGGCUUACGGGAAAUCAGCCAAAUAUGACCCCUCCUUUCGAGGCCCCAUCAAAAACAGGGGCUGCACAGACAUCAUCUGCUGUGUCCUCUUCCUGCUCUUCAUUUUGGGUUACAUUGUGGUGGGGCUUGUGGCCUGGGUGUACGGAGACCCUCGGCAAGUGCUCUACCCCAGAAACUCCACGGGGGCCUACUGCGGCAUAGGGGAAAACAAGGAUAAACCCUACGUUCUAUACUUCAACAUCUUCAGCUGUGUUGUAGCCACCAACAUCAUCUCUGUUGCCCAGAAUGGCCUAAAGUGCCCCACACCCCAGGUGUGCGUCUCCUCCUGCCCAGACGCCCCAUGGGCUGUGGGGGAGGCCCAUCUCUCAAAGACAGUCAUUGAAGUCUAUGAAGAAAAGAAGAACUUUUGUUUGCCAGGAGUAUCCCCAGAUAUGACAGUGAAGGAUAGCCUGCACCAGGAACUGUGCCCCAGUUUCCUUCUUCCUUCUACCCCAGCCCUGGGACGUUGUUUUCCAUCCCCCAACGUUAACUACACUUUACCCGAGUACCCAUGGAUCAAUAAUGCCACUGUCUCUAGUGGAAUCAGUGACCUCCUUGACAGCAUCAAUGCCCGGGACAUCUCUGUGAAGAUCUUUGAAGAUUUUGCCCGGUCCUGGCAUUGGAUCCUCAUGGCCCUGGGUGUGGCUCUGGUGCUAAGUCUGCUGUUUAUCCUGCUCCUGCGCCUGGUGGCAGCACCCCUGGUGCUGCUGCUGAUUGUGGGGGUGCUAGCUGUGCUGGCCUAUGGCAUCUACCACUGUUGGCAACAGUACCGGAUGCUGCGGGACAAGGGCGCCUCCAUCUCCCAGCUGGGCUUCACCACCAACUUCAGUGCCUACCAGAGUGUGCAGGAGACCUGGCUCGCUGCUCUAAUCAUUCUGGCUGUCCUUGAGGGUGUCUUGCUACUCAUGCUCAUCUUCCUGCGCCAACGGAUCCGAAUUGCCAUUGCUCUGCUGAAGGAAGCCAGCAGGGCUGUGGGCCAGAUGAUGUCCACUAUGUUCUACCCUCUGGUCACCUUUGUCCUCCUGGUCAUUUGCAUCGGUUACUGGGCCCUGACAGCUCUGUACCUGGCCACAUCGGGGCAACCCCAGUACAUCUAUUGGGUGAACAACACCAGCACCCCCGACUGUGAGAACACGCCUGUGAACAAGUCCUGUGACCCCAUGGCCCCGGUCAACUCCUCCUGCCCAGGGCUUAAGUGUAUCUUCCAGGGCUACUCAUCCACAGGCCUAGCCCAGCGUUCUCUCUUCAACCUGCAAAUCUAUGGGGUCCUGGGGCUCUUCUGGACCAUUAACUGGGUGCUGGCCCUGGGUCAGUGUGUCCUUGCUGGGGCCUUUGCCUCCUUCUACUGGGCCUUUCAUAAGCCACGAGACAUCCCUACGUUCCCUUUGAGCUCAGCCUUCAUCCGAACACUGCGUUACCACACUGGGUCACUGGCAUUUGGAGCCCUCAUCCUGACCCUGGUGCAGAUAGCCCGGAUCAUCCUGGAAUACAUUGAUCACAAGCUAAGAGGAUCCCAAAAUCCUGUGGCCCGAUGUAUCAUCUGCUGCUUCAAGUGUUGCCUCUGGUGUCUGGAGAAGUUUAUUAAGUUUCUCAACCGCAACGCCUACAUUAUGAUCGCCAUCUAUGGGAAGAAUUUCUGUGUCUCAGCCAAAAAUGCCUUCAUGCUGCUCAUGAGGAACGUUGUCAGGGUAGUUGUCCUGGAUAAAGUCACAGAUCUGCUGCUCUUCUUCGGAAAGCUGCUGGUGGUCGGAGGUGUCGGUGUCCUGUCUUUCUUCUUUUUCUCCGGUCGUAUCAAGGGGCUGGGGAAAGACUUUGAGAACCCCCAGCUCAACUAUUACUGGCUGCCCAUCAUGACCUCGGUCAUGGGGGCCUAUGUCAUCGCCAGUGGCUUCUUCAAUGUUUUUGGCAUGUGUGUGGAUACACUCUUCCUUUGCUUCCUGGAAGAUCUGGAAAGAAAUGAUGGCUCCCAGGAACGGCCCUACUACAUGCCCAAGGCACUUCUGAGGAUUCUGGGCAAGAAAAAUGAAAUACCUCCUGCAGGAAAGAAGAGAAAGAAAUAAGAGACAGGGUUGUGACCCGGGGACUGCAGCCCUCCUGUACAGAACAACAGCCAUACAUGCCUGAAGAAUCACAAUUUUAUAACAAACAGAUUUUAUUAAAGAUUAAUAUUUUGUAUUCUCAAUAA